GGCAUCCAAGCUGCAGAAUGAAUUCUUCUUCCUUGCUACCUGGAAUUUUGGGAAUUUCUCUUCUCUGGCCUUGUUUUAUGCCAACAGCCGACUCCAGCGUGGAGAAUAUUAAGAAACCGAGACAGUCUCUUCUGAGGGAGAAACGUGGGUGGACAUGGCAACAGUUCGAUGUGCCUGAAGAAUUAAAUACCAGCCGUUAUCACAUUGGCCAGCUCCAAACUGAUUUAGACGACGGAAAUGACUCUUUCAAGUACGAGCUUUUGGGAGAAGGAGCUAAUAACACCUUUAUCAUUGAUGGCAAGACAGGUGACAUAUAUGCCAUAAAGAGGCUUGAUAGAGAAGAACGAGCCCUCUACACGCUAAGAGCGCAGGUAAUCGACACCACUACUGGAAAGGCAGUGGAGCCUGAGUCUGAGUUUGUCAUCAGAGUUACGGAUAUCAAUGACAAUGAACCAAAAUUCCUAGAUGAACCCUAUGAGGCCAUUGUACCAGAGAUGUCUCCAGAAGGAAUGUUUGUUAUCCAGGUAAUAGCCAGCGAUGCUGACGACCCUUCCAGUGGCAGUAAUGCUCGUCUUCUGUAUAGUUUACUGCAAGGCCAACCAUAUUUCUCCAUCGAACCAACAACAGGAGUCAUAAGAAUAUCUGCUGAAAUAGAUAGAGAACGUCAAGACAAGUAUUGGGUCCUUGUUCAAGUCAAGGACCUGAUCGGUGAGCCUGGAGCACUGUCUGCGACAACAAGUGUCUUAAUUAAGCUUUCUGAUGUGAAUGACAACAAACCUGUAUUUAAAGAAAGUUUCUACCGCCUGACUGUCUCUGAAUCUGCACCCAUUGGCACGUGCGUAGGGAAAAUUGUGGCAUAUGAUGAUGACAUAGGAGAGAACACAGACAUGGAUUACAUUCUUGAAGAAGAUAAUUCCCAAACUUUUGAGAUCAUUACCAAUGAUGAGACCCAAGAGGGAAUAGUUCAACUAAAGAAGAAAGUGGAUUUUGAGGUUCAGAACAACUAUCGAAUUAUAGCGAAAGUCAUAAACCGCCACGUGCCUGAGGAGAUGGCGAUCUAUCACGAGGAUCCUUCCGUCACUAUCAUCAAAGUGAUCGUGGAGGAUGAAGAUGAACCUCCUGUCUUUCUCCUCCCUUACUACAGUUUUGAAAUCUCAGAAGGAAGCCCUUUCGGAUCCGUUGUAGGCGUGGUCUCUGCCAUCGAUCCGGAUCAAAGGGAUUCUCCAAUUGGGUACUCUAUGACCAAAACCAGGAUGUUCACUGUUGAUGACAACGGCACGGUCAUCACAACACACCCUCUGGAUCGGGAGCUUAAUGCUUGGUAUAACCUUAGUAUUUCAGCCAUUGAAAAAUACAAUAUCGAACAGAUUUCUACAGUUCCUGUGUAUGUGCAAGUUCUGAACAUCAAUGAUCAUGUACCUGAGUUUCCUGCAUACUAUGAGACAUUUGUUUGUGAAAAUGCAGAUGCUGGUCAGGUAAUUCAGACCAUCAGUGCUGUGGACAGAGAUGAAUCGGAAGAAGUUCAGCAUUUCUACUUUAAUCUCUCCGUGGAGAGCACAAAGAACUCAAGUUUCAUAAUCAUAGAUAACCAAGAUAACACGGCUGUAAUUUUGACUAACAGAACUGGUUUCAGCCUUCUAGAAGACACUGUCUUCUACUUACCGAUCUUAAUUGCUGACAAUGGUGUCCCACCACUGACGGGGACAAACACCCUGACCAUAUACGUCUGUGACUGUGACGACAGCGGCAGCACAGAAGCCUGCAGCAACGCGGGCUUCAUGCUCUCCCUGGCACUCAGGACACAGGUGGCCAUCGCUGUCCUGGUAUGCCUGAUGAUAAUAUUUGGGUUUGUCCUUUUCAUCUUAUUUCUGAAACAACGAGGGAAGCAGACUCUGUGCCCCGAGAGAGCUGAAGAUUUCCGAGAGAAUAUCUUCCGCUACGACGACGAGGGCGGCGGGGAGGAGGACACGGACGCCUUUGACAUCCUGGAGCUGAGAAGCAGGACCGUCCUGCGCCAGCCCAGGAGUCGGAAAAGCGCGGGCGAGGAGAUCCGGAGCCGGUACAGACAGUCCCUGCAGCUGGGCCCCGACCCCGCCGAGUUCCGCCAGUUCAUCCGGGAGAAGCUCCACGAGGCCAACACGGACCCCUGGGCUCCCCCCUUCGACUCCCUGCAGACCUUCGCCUUCGAGGGCACCGGCUCCUUGGCGGGGUCCUUGAGCUCCCUGGACUCCGAAGUCUCCGAUCAGGAGGAAAAUUUUGAUUACCUGAACGAGCUGGGACCUCGCUUCCGGAGAUUGGCGUAUCUCUUUGGGUCCACCGCGCAAGCCCACUACUACUAA